AAAAGGAACGACAUCGCGUCAACAUUCACAUCGCAUCGCACCAUGGCGAAGAUCGAGAUGCGGAUCCAGAUCCCGGAGUUCAAGACGGAAGACCGUUCCACCUAUUCCAGAGGCAGCCCAGUCUACUCACCAGCUGUAGGGCCCAAGGGCUCCUUUCAAUGUCGUCUUUCUGUCUAUCCUGCUGGAACCAGCUUGGCAAAACAUCGGAUCCCUUUGUCCGCGUUUGUGGAGGUGUUACCACCCGAAAGCAUCUCCGAAUGGAGCUGUGAAGGUGUGAAGGUGAGCAUCUCACUUCUCAGCCAGAAGGGUGAGGUGCCAAGAACCAAGUCUGAAACCUUCACUUUUUCGAACAAAACCAAAGAUCGUGGCUGGCAUGACCUUUUUCCGGGCGAUGAUAACUGGCACCUGUGGGCCUACAUGGGCAGCGACGGUGAGUUUUGGCUUCGGGCUGAAGUGGAGAACCUGCCCUUUCUCGAAGCACGCAGUGGGAAUUCGACUCUGGAGCCAUUUCGACACUUGGACUUUUCCCAGGAGCUUGCAGUCAUCACAUUUCGAUUGCCCGGAGGCCAGCUCUUCUUUGACCAGCGGCUUCUAAUGGCUCGGUCUGAAUACUUUCAACGGAUGCUGACCUCAGAUGAAUGGGCCGAGAGUAGAAGCAAAGAGGUGGAUUUCAGCGAUGAUGGAAGAGUGACCUUGAAGAAUCUCUCGGCCAUUCUACGUUUUAUUUUGACAGAUGUCUUUGAAACUGAAGAUUUGGAGACCUCAAUGUCGGUACGAGAGGUGGCGGAUCGUUUCUGCAUCACUUCCUUGGUGGAACGAGUGGACGUAGAGUUGAAGGAGAUGCUUAGUGAAGAGAAUGUCUUGCAGAUUUUAAGCGCGAUUCAUGGCAGCAGUGGCGAACUGCAGACUGCCUGCUGGAAGAUGCUCGAAUCUGAUGGCAACAUCUUAGCAAACGCGCCGGAGGAUACGUUGAACGCUCUCAUCGCCAGGAACCCGAGCCUGGCCCGGAAGCUCAUUGUCUUCGGCUGGGGAAGCAAGGCCAAAAGAGCCCGCCAUCAGUGAGAAA